GAGCGGGAUAGCACGGGGCGUGCGGAGCGGGUCAGGCUGUGCGGGAUGGCACAGGGGUGUAUGGGGGUAAUACAUGGCGGCUCAGGCCGUGCGGGGGUGGCACAGGGUGUACGGGGGUAAUACAUGGCGGCUCAGGCCGUGCGGGAGUGGCACAGGGCAGUGCGGGACAGGGACAGGGUUCGCCCGGCGCUGGUCCGUGCCGGUGCGGGGUGCGGAGCGCGCAGCGGUGCGAGGGGCAUUCCCAGCCCCGCGUUAGCGCCUGUUGCCGACACCCCGCGUACCGGGCUGCGAUGUCCCUUAGAGCAGGGACCAUCCCGCCCCGCUGCUCUGCGAAACCGCAGAUCUGGAGCUGGCGGAGUGACACCAGGCAAGUGACACCCUCCUGUCACAGCUUCCGUCAUCUCCCGGGCGUGUGACAGCACCGUGACUGCAGCCCGUGAGUCCCUGGGCUGGGGAAAGCCGAAAGCUUGGCCAUCCUGCAUCUUCUUCCAAAUAUGAACAUAGCCAGUCCAGACUCAGAAUGAGCUGCAGGAGCCCUCCAGGUUUGGCUGCUAGAGAUAAAGCAACUGGAUAAAUCUACUGGGACCAUAAGGAAUUCAAGUGGUUAAUUUGGGUUAAAAGUCUCUCUGCAGGUGGAAUGCCUCCUGUCCCUCAAUUGGCUCAGCAGAUCAGCCAGGAGGAAAACCAACAGCAAAAUGGACCAAAUUUGUCAAGUUUGCUUAAUUCCUUACCUGCUGCACAGAGCAGGAACCCAGCAGGUACAACCAGCAGGAUGGGAUAAGAACCAAGUACUUGUGGUCCCAGCUCCAGUUCCCUCACAACAACAGUGUCUGUCUUGGUUCUGCCCGAACUCCAUGAGGUCUCACAUCAUGAUUAUCUUCUGGAAGAAAUGCAGUGGAUGUCAAGAGAUUUUUUUCAAGAAAGAAGAUGAAAGAUGAUAACUGUCAAGAGAGACACAGACUGGUCUCUCUCUGAUGUGAAUGGGAUGGAAAACCAAAUUACUUGCUACAAAGCACAAGUGUUGCCAAAACUGAAGGUAAUUGGAAAGCUUAUUGAAGAGAUCUCCUGCUCCCCUUCAUCACCCAGACUUGAGCCAGUGAAGCUCAAACCAAACAGAACCGCCCUGUAUGGCAGAGACCUGUCGGAAACUUGCUCUUGGAUCAGUGAAAGAAAAAUCUCUCAGCAUUGUUCUGCCAGGAUUAACAAGCGGUGCUGGGCUGGCUUUGCAAAUUGCCUCCCACACUCCAGCACUUCAGAAGCUCUGAGGAUCCAUUGCAGGAACUCAUUCUGACACUGAAACAGCAGCAGAUUGCCCUGAAGGAUGUUAUUGCCAGGUAAUCGAGACAAAUCCAUGUGCAGUCUUUGCACAAAUUUGGUGGGUGUGUGCUACCCUCCAAAACAGGGUAUUUAUGUGAACAACUGUAAAAUGCAAAAUGAUAAAUUGGCUGCCUUGUUUUAUCCUUUUUGCAGGCUACAUUUCUCUUUCUCUAUGCUGAACCUAUUUGCAUCUCAGAUGUAUACUUUUGGAUCUGAAACUUUCAAUAGUUCCAUGGCAACUGUUAUUACUUAUAUAAUCAUUCUACUUGAUUUUGACAUAUCUUGUAUUUGUUGUGUUAAGUUAAUGCUGACAAAAAAAAAGUAGGAGUUGUAGUAAGCUUCUCUUGGUAACUUUAUGGAUAGUGGUAAUUUCCUCUUCAGCUUUUUUUUCACUUACUUGAUAUCAGCUUAAAACUACAUGUCCUGAUUUACUUUCUAUUACCUUUAGCCAGGUGCUUUGUGCUUCUUUCCAGAUAUUACUGGUUUUGAGUGGUUAAUAGCCUGAGCAGUUAAAAAUCAGUAUAAAAAAGUUUUGAUUUGUUUUAUAGAGACCUGUGUGUGUUCCCAGCUGUAGCAGUUGCUCCUCCGUGUUUGUAUGGAGCAAAUCCUUCUUAGGCAUGGAGCCAUGGAAUGAAACUCCUGCAGUUCAGUCUCGAGGAACAGAGAUGGUGCAGUGUGAUUCAGGAAUUCAUAAAAAGUUUCAACCAAGACAAGUGAUCCUUCAGUGCUAUCCUGUGUUCCCACACUCCCUCCACAGGUGUCAGUCACACAGAUGUGAUUCCUCUUGUCUUCUCUGACACUGAUUUAGGUCUGUUGAUGGACACAAAGAUGGAGUGGUGUGACAAAAGUGCAAGAGGCAGAGAUACCCACACAUACAGGCUUUUAAGUGGUAAUUCUAUUGAAGAGAGGCUGUUGAAAAAGAGUAUUAAACAUGAUUCAAGAACUGGCUGCUCAGGGAGGGGAUUGUUCAACAGACUUUUUAUCCCAGGCUUGUUUGGGAACCAGUGAGGUGUGUUCACAGCUAAAUUCAGUAGAAAUCCUGAACUGUCAGCUCAUAUAGAAAAUCAGAAGGUAACAAUAUCUAAUAAAUAUUGAUAAUAUUGAGAAGUUGUAAUAAAGAUCUGCGUGUUCCAAUGAUAAUGCUACCCUUUUAUUGACAUUGCAAAAUCUGCAGCAAAAGGUGUCACAUACAUCUGUAAUCUGACUUUUCUCAACUUGAUUUUAGGAUGACUAAAAAAAUUUGGCAUUGUUUUCUUAAAGGUCUUGGAUCGUAUCAGUGAUGUGUUUAACUUUUGUAACAUGUUUAUCACUCUCCAAAGCAACGCCAAAAGGGUUACAUAUAAACCAUUGCAGCCCCUGAGGGAAAGGAGAGUUCAAGUUGAAACUUGCUUUGCAUUGUGAGCACUUGGGGACUUCUGGGGUCCUUUUCGGUUUUUUUUUUUUUUUUCCUUUUAAUUUCUCAUUGCUGUUAGAGUACUACAUGAGUGUUUACUAAGCAGAAACAUAACUAAAUUUUAGAAUUUUGAAUAGCUUGGUAUACAAACAAAUGUUAGUAAAUACCUUCUCCUAACAGUAUGAAUAACACAGGUUAUAUUUAUUACAUUUCCACACACUUAGGAGUAUGAAAUUUCCUCGAUGUUAUGACAAUAUGACCUUGGAUGUAUCAUUUUGCACUACCAGUGUAUUAAAAACAAGGGAGGGGGGAUGUUUAUUUUAACUUCUAAGUGGUAGGAUAUGAAUUAUCUUCAGUCAAGACUAUUGAUAACUAUUAAUUUUGAGACAGGGGACAUUUGAUGAUGUAUUUUUGGUACCUAAGCCUUCACUUUGUAUUUAUUUCAGAAUGUAGGAGGUCAUCCUCUUUUUCUUAGACAAGCCUUGAUAAAAAACAGAAUUCUGAGUCAAAUCAAAUGGAUUUCAGUCAGAAUUCAAAUCGAUGACAAUGACAACUAGAAAAAGAAGUUCCUCAAAUAGAUUUCUGUAAAGUGUCCAAGAAUCAAAUCUGUGCUCGUGCUGAUGUAAAGAAAAGCCUGAAGUGCUUCAGUACGGCUCCACCUGAUGUACCACAAGUCCUUCCUCGUGUCCGGGAGGCCCCUCCUGAGCAUCGGUGUGCGCCCGCUGUGUCUCGUCCUGUAACCUGGCAGCACCGAGCAGAGCCGGCCGUGCCCCGAGUCCCUGCAGGCGCUGACAGCCAGGGCUGGGUCCCCUCUCAGCCCCCUGCCCGAGGCUGAGCAGCGCCGGCUCCCUCAGCGCUGCCCCGCUGGGAUGCUCCAGCCCCUCCAUCACCUCCGUUUGCCCGCCUGGCCUCGCUGCGGGCGCUGCCAGUCCCUGCAAGUGUGGAUUUCCACACCGGCUGUUGGAGAGAAGCGACAGCCCAGCUCCGUGCGCGGUCCCUUUGCUCGCUCCUUACCCUGCCCUGCCUCCGCCACAAUAAAUACAACUUUUCCGCGCUGUCGCCGAGCCCGUUCCUAUCGCGACAGGCCCCGCGGAGCGCGCAGGCGCGGCGCUGGCGCAGGCGCGGCGCGGCCCGCGGGUGGCGGCGCAGGCGCGGCGGGACGCGGUUUGUCUCCUGCCGGCGCUGGUAGCGGCGCCCCCGCCCUCGCUUCCUGCCCGCAGCGAAUGGAGCCCGCGACUACACUGUAGAACCUUAGAUCAGUGAGGAUGCACCAUGGCAAUGGUCCUCAGAAUGCCCAGCGCCAGCUGCAGCGAUCCAGGUCCUUCACAGGCAGUGAGGGAGAAGAACAACAGGCAAAUUUACCCCAGUCCCCCGCAGCCUCUUUCGCGCCUUCUGCGAGUCCCUCAGCGCCGCAGUCGCCCAGUUACCAGAUCCAGCAGUUCAUCAUGAGCCGGAGCCCGGUGGCCGGGCAGAACGUGAACAUCACCCUGCAGAAUGUGGGCCCCGUGGCCUCGGGCAACCAGCAGAUCACGCUCACCCCACUGCCGCUUCCAAACCCCACGUCCCCGAGCUUUCAGUUCAGCCCCCAGCAGAGGCGCUUUGAGCAUGGAUCCCCCUCGUACAUCCAGGUCACCUCUCCGCUGCCCCAGCAAGUGCAGUCCCAGAGCCCCACCCAGCCCAACCCGGUGCAGGCGCUGCCCAGCGUCCGGGCAGGCACCCCCGGGCCUGGCCUGGGCAUGUGCAGCCAGAGCCCCACCAGAGGCUUUGUGGAUGCCAGCGUGCUCGUGAGGCAGAUCAGCCUGAGUCCUUCCAACGGCGGACACUUCGUGUACCAGGAGGGCCCGGGGAUCGCACAGAUUGCUCAAGGAGCUGCUGCUCAAGUGCAGCUUCCAUCGUCCGGGCCGCCUGCCACCGUGAGGGAGCGCCGGCUCUCGCAGCCCCACUCGCAGUCUGGGGGCACCAUCCACCACCUCGGCCCUCAGAGCCCUGUGGCCAGCGGGGCAAAUAUGCAAUCUUUGACUAGCCCGGGCCACAUCACAACGACCAGCUUGCCACCCCAAAUCAGCAAUAUUAUCCAGGGGCAGCUUAUGCAGCAGCAGCAGCAAGUGCUUCAAGGGCAGCAGCUGAGUAGACCCAUUGGAUUUGACAGGACUUCUGGUGGAUUGAUAGCAGGGGUUGGAGGACCAAGUGCAUUUGGAAUGACAUCACCUCCUCCUCCCACAAGUCCUUCACGGGCCACUGUGCCACAGGGGCUGUCGAGUCUUCCUCUCACUCCUACAGCUAACACAGCAGUGAAAAAACAGCCCAAAAAGUUGGAGGAGAUUCCUCCUGCCAACCAAGAAACUGCUCAAAUGAGAAAACUAUGUUUGGAUCAUCACCACAAGCAGAUGGAAAUUCUUAAGGAAACUUUUAAGGAGUGUUUGAUUGAACUGUUUUUCCUGCAACAUCUUCAGGGGAAUAUGAUGGACUUUUUAGCUUUUAAGAAGAAACAUUGUGUUCCUCUGCAAGCAUACCUGAGGCAAAAUGACUUGGAUUUGGAGGAGGAAGAAGAGGAAGAACAAUCUGAGGUCAUCAAUGAUGAGGUAAAGGUUGUGACAGGAAAGGAUGGGCAGACUGGUACUCCUGUCGCUAUAGCAACCCAGCUUCCUCCAAAUGUUUCUGCUGCUUUUUCAUCCCAGCAGCAACCAUUUCAGGUACUUUUCAAUGGUUCUAAAAUAUAUAAUACACUAAUGAAAAUUUCCAUUAAUGAAAAACAAAAGUAUCAAAAACAAACGCAUACAGGGACUCCAGCGACGGGGACUGUGAGCACCAUAGAGAUUGAAGCUUUUAAGAGACAGCAGCAGGCCCUUGCACCAGCAGAUUCGUCUAAGAGACCACGAAUUGAAGUGGGCCGUCAUGGGAUGGUUUUUCAGCACCCGGGUGUGGCUUCAGGAGUUCCUCUUCAACAGCUAAUGCCAACUGCACAAGGUGGGAUGCCGCCCACUCCGCAGCCGGUGCAGCUGACGGGGCAGAAGCAGAGCCAGCAGCAGUACGACCCCUCCAAGGGCCCUCCGGUGCAGAACGCGGCCAGCCUGCACACGCCGCCGCCGCAGCUGCCGGCACGCCUGCAGCCCGCCAACGUCCCCAUGGCCUCGCUGCCCGCCGCCCUGCAGCUCCCACAGCAGCAGCCUCAGCUCGUGGAGCCUCCAGCCCAGCCGCAGAUCCAGGUGAAGAUCCAGCCCCAGAGCGUGCCCCUGACGGCCGCUCCGCUGCCAGCGCCGCUGCAGCAGCAGGUGCCACCGGCCAUCCACGUGCAGGGACAGGCGCCCAGCCAAGUGUCGCAGCCGCAAGCUGCCAUACAGCAGCAGACUGUGACUCUGACACGACCAUCUGCAGAUCCUGCUCAGAGUUCUCAGCGUCUUGCAGCAAAUCCACUGCCACCUACCUCAUCCAUCGCUCCAGCAGCGAUCCCAGGCACAACACCGCCUUCUCCAUACCCAUUGCAAACAAACAGGACCUCUCCAGCAACCAACAAGUCCCUGUCUCCUAUUGCAUCCAAGCCUCCUGGCUUAGCAGUAGCAGCAGCAGCACCUAAAACACAAAGUCCAGCUCAGAAUGCAGCAGUGUUGCCACAGGAAAACUCUCAAGACAAGCUGGCUGAGCAAGUCAAGCUGGAAAAUCAAAUCCACCAGCGGAUAGCAGAACUGAGAAAGGAAGGUUUAUGGUCCCCCAGGCGACUGCCUAAACUCCAAGAGGCUCCAAGACCAAAAUCCCACUGGGAUUAUUUGCUGGAAGAAAUGCAGUGGAUGGCAACUGAUUUUGCCCAGGAGAGAAAGUGGAAGAUGGCAACUGCUAAAAAGAUGGUAAGAACUGUGGCUCGUUACCAUGAAGAAAAGAAACUCAAUGAAGAGCGAGCUAAAAGGGAGGAACAGAACAAACUGAGGAGGAUUGCAGCAUCCAUUGCUAGAGAAAUAGAGUAUUUCUGGUCUAACAUAGAGCAGGUUGUUGAAAUUAAACUGCAAAUCGAAUUUCAAGAGAAAAGGAAAAAAGCUUUGAAUCUAAAGAGAUUUUCAAGGAAAGGUAAGGAUACAAAAGAAGACCUUUAUUUGGAAAAAGAAUGUGAAAUGGGGGGUUCAUCAUCUGGAAGGAAAAGAAAGGCAAGCACGUCUUUGACUGACGAGGAAGUUGAAGAUGAAGAAGAAACAAUUGAAGAACAAGAAGCUAAAGAAGGAAACAUAAACCAUCAAACUGAAUUGUCUAAUCUAGCCAAAGAAGCUGAAUUGCCUCUGGAAGAUUUGGUAAAGAUGUAUGAAGGUGCCUUUGCAGAAAAUUUUCACUGGCCCCAGCCAAAGCCUGACAGUGAAGAGGAGAGCAGUGAGGAAGAAAUGGAAGACCACAUGUCUGAUAGGGAAAGUCCCCAGAAAGAAGUUGUCCUCAUAGACUCCCUUCUCAGCAUUGACCAGUACAAGAGCAUGGACAGGUCGAGUCCUCCCAAGAAGCACAUGAGAGACAUAGCAGAAGUGGCUGCUGCAGCAGAGAUGUUGUUACCUAAAGGCAGCUCCAGGAUAACAACAGCAAUAAAGUACAACACUCCAUCACUGUUGUAUGGGUCUCUCAGAGAAUAUCAGAAGAUUGGGCUGGAUUGGCUGGCAAAGCUGUACAGGAAGAAUCUCAAUGGCAUCCUGGCAGAUGAGGCAGGGCUUGGAAAAACAGUGCAAAUUAUUGCCUUUUUUGCCCAUUUGGCUUGUAAUGAAGGGAACUGGGGCCCUCACCUUGUUGUUGUCCGGAGCUGUAACAUAUUGAAGUGGGAGCUGGAAUUGAAACGCUGGUGCCCAGGGUUGAAAAUACUUCUCUACUUUGGGAGCCAAAGAGAACUUAGGGCAAAAAGACAGGAAUGGACAGAACCCAACAGCUUCAAUGUGUGCAUCACUUCCUACAAGCAGCUGUUCAAAGGCCACCCAGCAUUCAUGAAAAUGCGAUGGAAAUACUUAAUAGUAGAUGAGAUGCAGCAAAUAAAGAAUAUGACUGAGAAACACUGGGAGGCAAUUUUCAGUCUCCGCAGCCAGCAUCGUUUGCUUCUGAUAGACACUCCUUUGCAUAACACAUUGAUGGAGCUGUGGACCAUGGUACAUUUUUUGAUUCCGGGAAUUUCCAGACCUUACCUGGAUUUUCCGGUAAAAGCACCUAAUGAGGAGAACCAGGAUUAUUGCCAUAAACUGGUCAUCAGGCUGCACAGAAUGAUUCAGCCAUUUAUUUUGCGGAGAUCAAAGAGGGAUGUUGAAAAGCAGCUCACAAAGAAGUAUGAACACGUGCUCAAGUGCCGUCUGUCUAGUCGACAAAAAGCCAUGUAUGAGGAUGUCAUAUUGCAACCAGGAACCCAGGAAGCCCUCAAAAGUGGACACUUCAUCAGUGUCCUGCAUGUCCUGAUGCAGCUGCAGCGGAUCUGUAACCACCCUGAUCUGAUAAACCCUCGGCUUUCAAGCUCCUCUUAUGUAUCAGAAACACUGGAAUACAGAACAGCCUCUCUGGUGCUGCGAGCCCUGGAAAGGGAUAUUUGGAAGGAGUCGGACCUGUCUCUUUUUGAUCUCAUUGGAAUGGAAGACAAAAUGACUCAUUAUGAAGCACAAAUGUUGCCAAAACAAAAGGUUACUAGAAAGUUGAUUGAAGAAAUCUACAGCUCCCCUCCACCACCGGCGAGGCCCAACCCAGUGAAGCUCAAACCAAGCAGGUUGUUCCAGCCCGUUCAGUACGGUCAGAAGCCCGAGGGCAGGACUGUAGUUUUCCCAAGCACUCAAGUCCAGCGCACGGUGACCACAGCGACAGUGACUCAGCAGGGACAAGUUCGAGGCAGAUCCCCCAUAGCCACGGUGUCCUCAAAUCAAGCUGCAGCAGCACAGUUUCAGACAACUCAGGCUUCCACCAGUGCUCCAAGACACCAGCCCGCAGCGACCUUCACCACAGCAACUAGCGCAGCCAACCCUGUGAAACCGCGGGGCCAGACCUCUGCGCCGGCCCCGCAGCCGGGCCAGCCCCAGCCACAGCCACAGCCCCCCCCGCACACCAUCCAACAGAGUGUGCUGCCUCAGAGGCUCGUACUGACCUCUCAGGCCCAGGCACGGUUGCCUAGUGGUGAGGUAGUAAAAAUAGCCCAGCUGGCUUCUAUAGCAGGAGCACAAGGCAGGAUUGCUCAGCCAGAGACCCCAGUGACUCUGCAGUUCCAAGGGAACAAGUUCACCUUGUCACACAGUCAACUCCGCCAGCUCACUGCAGGGCAGCCCCUGCAGCUACAAGGAAGUGUCCUUCAGAUUGUGUCAGCCCCUGGGCAGCAGUACCUGAGGCCUCAGGGCCCCGUGGUCAUGCAGACGGUUUCCCAGGCAGGAACUGUGCAGAACGCCCUGAACGCUCUAGGAAACCAGCACCAGGCAGGUGGCCCAACUUCCACUGCAGUCACACAGCAAGUUUGUAUUCCAGGUAGAGCUACAGUUACUAACUUGCCUUCUGGAGACAUGGGAGCAGUGUUAAAACCAGCACCUUUGCAUGGACAGUCACAGACGUUUGAGGAGAAGAACCGGCUCUUGAAGGAGCGCCUGGACAGGAUCUUCUGCGGCAACGAGCGCCGCUGCGCGCGGGCGCCGGUGUACGGCCGGGACGUGCUGAGCGUUUGCUCCCUGGCUGGGGACACAAAGGCCUCCCAGCUGCCUUCCAGUGAGGGCAACAGCUGGAGGUGGGCUGGCUUUGUCAACUGCUGCCUUUCCUCAAGUGCCUGCGGAGGCCCAAGUAACCCCUUGCAGGAAAUGAUCCUGGGCUUGGUUCAGCAGCAGGAAUCUCUGAAGGAUCUUGUUAACAGGGCUCUCUUCGUGUUGCCAGCUGCAGUUGCUGCUCCCCCAUGUUUCUAUGUAGCAAAUCCUCCCCCUUCAUAUAGUCACAGACUGAAACUCCUUAAACACAGCCUGAGGCAGAAGGCAGCUCCACACUUGCAUCAGUUGCAACAACUGACCACUCCUCACUUGCUGCAGUUCCCUGACCUCCGGCUGGUGCAGUAUGACUCAGGGAAAUUAGAAGCUCUUGCUGUCUUGCUUCAGAAGUUGAAAUCUGAAGGGCGCCGUGUGCUGAUUUUGUCACAGAUGAUUCUGAUGCUGGACAUACUGGAGUUGUUCCUGAAUUUCCAUUUCCUCACCUUUGUGAGGAUUGAUGAAUAUGCCAACCAGGAACAACGGCAGGAGCUGAUGAAAAUUUUCAACAGAGACAAGCGCAUUUUCUGUGCCAUCCUCUCCUCUCACAGCCGUUCCACAGGAGUCAAUCUUGUUGAGGCAGACACUGUUGUCUUCUAUGACAAUGAUCUGAACCCAGUGAUGGAUGCAAAAGCUCAGGAAUGGUGUGACAGAAUUGGGAGAUGUAAAGAUAUCCAUAUAUACAGGCUUGUCAGUGGUAAUUCUGUAGAAGAGAAACUUUUGAAAAAUGGCACAAAGGACUUGAUCAGAGAAGUAGCUGCUCAGGGAAAUGACUAUUCAAUGGCCUUUUUAACACAGCAAACAAUUCAGGAAUUGUUUGAGGUUCAUUCUCCUAUGGAGGAUUCUGGAUUUAGAGUGAAAGCAGAAGAAUUUGUAGUACUUUCUCAAGAGCCGUCUCCAGCAGAAAAUAUUUCACCUAAAGUUGCAAGACCAUUCAUAGAGGCCCUCAACAGCAUUGAACGAGAGGAUGAGGAGUCAAAUGAUCACAUACAAGAAAUAGGAUCUGAGUCAAGCCUUGAACCUUUAAUCUCAGAGCUCUGCGAGACAAAAUACAUUGAAGAGCCCUCACAGCUGCAGGAGUUAGUUGCUGUUGUGGAUCAGCUGACUCCAAUUGAGAAGUAUGCUUUGAAUUAUCUGGAGCUCUUCCACGGUUCAGUUGAUGACAAUGAGCCACGGUUGAGUGAGAUGGAACUGAAAACUGCAAAGAAAGCCUGGGAAGUCCAGCAUAUGAAGGAGUUAAAGGAAAGAGAGCAAAAAAUGCUUUGGGAGGAUGAAGAGGAGCUUCUAACCUACACUCGGGAGGAUGCAUACAACAAAGAAUAUGUCUAUGAAGGUCCAGAUGGACAAACUGAAAUUAUGCCACUCUGGACUCCUCCUACUCCACCUCAGGAUGACAAUGAUAUCUACAUAGAUUCUGUUAUGUGCCUGAUGUAUGAUACCACCCCUAUUCCAGAGUCAAAAUUGCCUCCAGUGUACGUCAGGAAGGAGCGUAAACGACACAAAACAGAUCCCUCUGCAGCAGGUAGAAAGAAGAAGCAACGUCAUGGGGAGACAGUUAUCCCACCUCGUUCACUCUUUGAUCGAGCAACUCCAGGAAUGUUGAAAAUGCGCCGGGAGGGCAAAGAGCAAAAGAAGAACAUCUUGUUGAAACAACAGACACAGUUUGCAAAGCCUUUGCCAACUCUUGUCAAACCAGCUACUGAGGCUGGACAGGAUAAUCCAGAGUGGUUGAUCAGCGAAGACUGGGCACUUCUGCAGGCAGUGAAGCAGCUGCUGGAGCUUCCUUUAAACCUUGCUGUUGUGUCACCAGCACACACUCCCAACUGGGACCUGGUCAGUGAUGUUGUUAACUCCUGCAGCAGAGUCUAUCGCUCGCCCAAGCAGUGCCGCAACCGAUACGAGAAUGUCAUAAUCCCAAGGGAGGAAGGAAAGACUAAAAACAGUCGCCCACUUCGUACCAAUCAGAUCUAUGCUCAAGAUGAGGGUGCAACACACACACAACUUUAUACUAAUCAUUUUGAGAUGAUGAAAAUGAUUGCAGGGAAAAGAAGUCCACCUAUCAAACCUCUACUUGGCAUGAAUCCUUUCCAGAAGAAUCCAAAGCAUGCAUCGGUGCUUGCAGAAAGUGGAAUCAACUAUGAUAAGCCCCUCCCUCCGAUUCAGGUCGCGUCCCUCCGAGCAGAACGCAUUGCCAAAGAGAAAAAGGCGCUGGCGGAGCAGCAGAGGGCCCAGCAGCAGACGGGUCCCCAGCCCCAGCAGCCCCAGGCGGGCCAGCAGCCCCCCCAGCAGCCCCCCGUGCAGCAGGCCCAGGCCCAGCCACAGGCACAGGCACAAGCACAGGUAGUUCAGCAGCCACAGGCAGUGGUGCAGACUGCAGUCACUACUGUGGCCAACACAGCAGUAUUGGCAGGCACCAUCAAAACAGCGGUGACGGGGACAAGCAUCCAGACUGCUACAGUGAGUGGAAAUGUGAUUGUGAACACUGUUGCUGGGGUCCCUGCUGCUACCUUCCAGCCCAUCAAUAAACGUCUGGCCUCACCUGUUAUACCUGGCACGCUGACUACCUCGGGAGGCACCACCACUGCCCAGGUGGUUCACAGCCAGCCCCGCGCCGCCGCGGCGCCGGCAGCGUCCACCGAGCUGGUGACCAUCGCCUCCACCCAGGGCGUGCGCGCCGUGACCUCGGUGACAGCCUCGGCCGUGGUCACCACCAACCUCACGCCUGUGCAGACACAGACAAGGUCUUUGGUCACCCAGGUCACGCCAGCUACGCCAACAGUCCAGCUGUCAGGCAAAACCAUCACCCCUGCUCACUUCCAGCUUCUGAGGCAACAGCAGCAGCAGGCUGCUCAGGUGCAGGUCCCACAGAUCCAGGCUCAGGCACAAGCCCAGUCUCCAGCUCAAAUAAAAACUGUAGGGAAAUUGUCACAGGAGCAGCUGAUCAAGUUGCAGAAGCAGAAGCUGCAGCUCCCCCAGCAGCAGGCAGCACAGCAGACACAGCAAGGGGCACAGCAGCAAACAGCACAAGUGCAAGUGCAGCAGCAGCAGCAAACUCAGCAGCUCACUGCUGUGACAGCCCCUCGUCCUGGCGCAGUCCUCACGGGCACUACAGUCACCAACCUGCAAGUGGCACGCCUGACUCGUGUUCCUGCUUCCCAGCUCCAAGCACAAGGACAGAUCCAGGGCCAGACUCCACAAGCAGCACAGGUUGCUCUGGCAAAGCCUCCAGUGGUGUCUGUUCCAGCUGCUGUUGUGUCAUCUGCAGGAGUCACCACACUCCCUGUGACUGUGGCAGGCAUUAGUGUUGCCAUUGGACAGCCACAGAAAGCAGCAGGAGGCCAGACAGUAGUUGCACAGCCACUGCAUGUCCAGCAGCUGCUAAAACUCAAGCACCACCAAGCAGCACAGCAGCAGAAAGCCAUCCAGCCCCAGGUUGCACAGGGACAAGCUACUGUGCAGCAAAAGAUAAAUGCUCAACAGGUUACGGUCCAGACCCAACAGCAGACUUCACAGCAGCAAAAAGUAACUUAUGCUACACAGCCUGCCAUUAAAACACAGUUCUUAACAACUCCAAUUUCCCAAACCCAGAAACCAGGUGGAACCCAGCAAGUGCAGGCCCAGAUUCAGGUUGCAAAACUCCCACAGGUGGUCCAGCAACAGGCUACUGUUGCCAACAUUCAGCAGAUGGUUUCAGUUUCCCAACAGGUACAAGCUCAGCCCCAAACUGUGACCCUUUCUCAGACGACAGCAGGUCAACAGCAGGUUCAGGUGAUCCCUGCAACCACUGCUACUGCUCAGGUCGUGCAGCAGAAGCUGAUCCAGCAGCAGGUCGUGACCACAGCAUCUCCCCAGGUUCAGGCUCCAGGUGUACAGAACCCAGCCCAGACACCAGCAGCACCUGAAGCCCAGAGUCAGCAAGCAAAAGUACAAAUGAGGACACCGACUGUCAGGCUAAAGGCACCUACUAAACCAAGUUGAACUAUUGCAAUAAGAGAUAAACACAGUAUUUUGUGUUUGCUGAGACAAGUGAGAAGCUACUCCAGACAUCCAAAUGAAGACAAAACACCUAUUUUUUUUUUUUUUUGGUUUUUUUGUAGCAGAAGGUUUCUUGCUGGUGAACAUUUCAACAUGAAAACUCACAUGUAACUUCAGUGUAUUAGCAACUGUUUAGCACUCAAACUCUGUACAAGAUACAUUCUGCCUGUGUUCUCUGUGCUCAUUCACACCAGAUAAAGCAAUCAUUACUUAGGUUGAAAUUCUGCCCAGCUUCUCAAAAGUGAAAUGGUGAUCUGCCAUAAAUGUCAGUAAAAUCUAUCUGUGUUAGAAUACCACACCUGCCUGUGGGUGUGUGCAGCUCCUUGCUGCAGUUCAGUGUGUGCUGAGUACCCACACUGAAGCCACACAAAGAACCAGGUGUAGUUGGUACAGCGCAGUAUUUCAGUAUUUUCCAUCUGUACAAAAGUUCUGUGUUGUUCUUCCCUGUGGUAAACGCCCCUGGAAGAUCUAACACAGACUUGAAGUGCUCCCUGCAAAAUUCAGCCAAUAAAUGUGAAAACCUGUAAGUAUAUGUAAUUAAAAAGGAAAAAAAAAGGUUUCAUUCUCCAUUUUUGUAAGUCUUUUAAAAUGUUUGUUAGUAGUUUUUGUGUACAGUUUACCGAAUAACCCAACCUGUGUGCUCAUUCUCAUAUUUCACUUUAAAAUAAUGGGUAUUUUAGGCAUGAGCUGAGUAAAUACUGUGUUGAUAGUAAAUGUGUAUUAAAGUGUAGCCCUUUUUUUUUUUUUUGUAAAAGAAUUGUUCAGUAGAUACAGCUAAACAGAUGAUCCAUAGCUGUUUCUCAUGGGAUUUCUGUCACAAAAAAUCUCCAGCUGAUAAAAUUGAAUCUCUCAGUUUCAUUCUGCUCUUGCAACAUGUUUAAAUGUUCAGUACUUUUUACACGGCUUUCAGCUUGGGGGGUGGGGGGCUGGGGGAAGGGGAGAAUAGUGAAAUUAAAUCUAAGACUUAAUUCUUCAACUGUGUAAAGAGUAAGAUCUAACUUUUGUACUAUUCUUUUACUAAAGCUAACGAUGAAUGUAUCUUCAGGUGGGUAUUUUGGAUGUGAAUAGAGUAUGGCCUCUUCCUCCAAAUCAGUUUGCCUUAUUAUGGAGAAAAAAAAAAAGCAAAAAGCUGCAUAGAACUGUGGGGGGUUUCUUUACUUUUCUUGCAUACAAUGAAUAACAGACUUUGCAAACAGCACUGAGUGAGGAAUCAAAAAGCCCAUGGUGGCUUGAAGGGAUUUAUUUUACUUUGGCCAUAAAACUGCACAACGUGUAAAAUCCAGACAAAAUUACAACAUUCCUUUUCUGAGAUGGUUUUAAAAUUAUUUUUUCAUUCUGUGAUCUUUUUACUCUUUUAGGAAAGAAGCCUAUUUAAGGGCAAGGAAAGCAUAUAUUUUGUUUUUACCUCUGUAUGUCCACACUUGUUGGUACCUGGCAAUCCAUAUGGCUUAAACAAGAAAGAAUGCUCAGCCGGCUCCUCUGUGUUAGUUGGGAUAGGUACAUCCAAUUCUGUUCAGAUCACAAAUGUAAGCAUUGGCUCAGGCAGCGUUCCUGACUUUUUUAUUUUACACCUCUUUUGUCCUGCAUACUUUUUUUCUCGGACCCUCAGGUGUACAAAUUCAAGGGCAUUUUUGGGUUUUUUUUAAGCUGUUUUUGCAUGCAGUAGUAUUCCCCUGACCCUGCUAACCCCUGGCGUGUGCCAUCCCUUAAACUUGACAGCCGGCCAUGGAGCUGGUGUUGCUGACAGCAGAGUAGUUUAAAAUGCAAAGCAGAUGCAGUGGUAAUGGAUAGUGACACUGUGUACAGUAUAGCCUCGCUCAUCCAAAAAUAUUGCUUAGCUAGCCCCAGUUUGACUUUUAAGUGUUUAGCUUUUAUGAUGUGCAUGAAAGUCGGGGUGGGGGGGAACAGUUCCAGCAGUGGGAGAGCUGUUGGCUGCGUCGUUGUGCUGGUCUGAUUUGGUGUCUAAAGAGACGAUUGUUUCUUGUUUAGGUCAGUUGAUGAAGAUAAAAAGUCACAAUCUUUAUAUUUUUUUUCCCUUCUCAUGAAUUUUUUUUUCCCUUCCUUUCGAUGUGUCUUUCUCCCAGGAGUGUGUUAGGAAGUCAACCUGUACAUAAGUGAUGAACAUUUGUACUCGACCCAGUAGGACGAUAAGGAAUAGUGCUGUAUCCUACCUGAAGGUGUAAUAAAGUGUACAUUUUUAUACCGCCA